AUGGCUCAGUCAGUAACCAUGGAUGAGGGGAUAAUAGCUAAAGCUAUCAGAAGCUACGAUAACAUCUUUGAGAAUGCAGAUCCACGUGUUGAGAACUAUUUCAUGAUGGACUCGCCGAUACCAAGUCUUCUGAUCUGUCUGGCUUACUUCAUCUUUGUGUGGAUCUCGCCUGCCAUCAUGAAGGACCGGAAACCUCUAGAGAUGAGAAACCUCAUGGUGGUUUAUAACCUGGCCAUGGUAGUGUUGUCUACAUAUAUAUUCUAUGAGUUUCUAAUGGCAGGAUGGCUGAGAGGUUACAGUUUGGGCUGCCAGCCAGUGGAUUACUCAGAUUCUCCACAAGCACUUAGAAUGGUGCGAGUCUGUUGGCUGUUUUACAUCUCAAAGUUUAUUGAGCUGCUAGACACUAUUUUCUUUAUUCUGAGAAAGAAGUUCAACCAAGUCUCAUUUCUUCACGUGUUUCAUCAUGGAAUCAUGCCCAUCUCCUGGUGGUUUGGGGUCAAGCUUGUACCAGGUGGAUUUGGCACGUUCCACUCACUGCUGAAUUCCUUCAUACAUCUAGUCAUGUACACCUAUUAUGGCUUGUCGGCCAUGGGACCAGCCUUUCAGAAGUAUUUGUGGUGGAAGAAGUAUAUGACCUCGAUGCAGAUCACACAGUUUGUUUUGGUGAUGAUCCACUCUUCACAGCUGCUCUUCAUGGAUUGCAACUAUCCAAAGUUCUUUGUGUACUGGAUCGGGCUGUAUGCCCUCAUCUUCCUGGUCAUGUUCGCCAACUUCUACAUCAAGGCUUACCUGAAACCCAAGAUGGCCCAAGCCAGUGGGCAGACGCCAAAGAAUGGAUCUAUAGGAAACAAGCCGAAAGCUAGCUAG